AUGUCCCGCCCAGACCUGAAGCAGUCAAUUUUGUCCUUGUACUCAAAGCCCCAGCCCGCUCCCGCUCCACAUGCGCGCAACAAUUCCUUCGGAGACCUGGCAUCUCCGGCACCUUCCACAUCAUCGAACAUGGGUGGUCUCACGGAUGCGUUCAGUGGACUGAGCUUCCCAACGACGACUUCCCCUCCGCCGGCCAAGCCUGCUGAGAAACCUUCUCCCUUUGCCAAUCUUGCCAGUUUCUCCAACACAAAGUCCACCCCUGCGGCACCCCGCGUGACCUCGCCUUCGGGUUCGGCAAGUGGCGAUCUGUUUGAAAGUUUAGCUUCGCCUACACUAUCUGCACACAACUCUCAGUCACGCACUGCAUCCAUCUCCAGUGGACAGGACUUUGGAUUUGGCGGCUUCUCCUCUGCCACGGCGAAGUCUGCAAAGCCCAACCCGCCUUCCUCAUCUCUAUCGAACGAUUUGUUCGGUCUUUCAUCACCACCCCCUGCCCCCGCUGCCUCCGCCGCGCCUCCCAGGCCCUCUGUUUCCUCCCCUCAGCAAGAGAUGAGUUCUGCAUUCAACCUGAACAGUCCUCCAAUUCGGUCUCCGUCUCUUUCUAAGCCUGCUGCGCCGGCAGUGUCUGCAGCGACUGCCAGUGCGAUGACUGCUAGCAUGGACCCUUGGGGCAGCAGUGCCUGGGGAACUCCGGACCCGGUGCCAGCGUCUACCCCGGCACCCGCUGGCCCCUCCACGUCGAGCAUGAUGAGAAUCCCAGACACUUUGACCGCCAACGAUAUCAGCAGUGGGUGGAGCACGUCUUCAACGGCCAAGCCCACCCCCACCGUUGCUGCCGAUGAAGACUUUGGUGGUUGGACCAGUGCCGCCCAGUGUCCUCAACUACCACCGCCACUACAAGCUCAAAGUCGGCGGGCGGGUUUGGAGGUGCUGAUGACCUUUUCUCGAAUGUCUGGGAAUAGAAGUCGACCAGAGGCGUUCCUAUACAUAGUAGUGAAUACACAUGUGACAUACCACCCUUUGUCUGUCUAUGGAUAA